AGAAGCCACGUCAUUAUUUCUCCAUUAUUUGUAUAUACUCUUUCAAAGCCCAGGUUCAAGUCCCUCCUCCCCUACCUAAAACCCUAAUCCCAAAACAGAAGAUCGUCUUUGUUUGGCAACUCAGGAAAAAGAAAAUGUCAACUGGAGGAGAGAAGGGUUCGGCAACCACAAAAACACCUGCUGAUUUUCUCAAAUCAAUUCGUGGGCGGCCUGUUGUGGUUAAGCUCAAUUCUGGAGUUGAUUAUAGAGGUAUUUUAGCUUGUCUUGAUGGGUACAUGAACAUAGCGAUGGAACAAACAGAAGAAUAUGUAAAUGGCCAACUGAAAAACAAAUACGGUGAUGCUUUCAUUCGAGGAAAUAAUGUUCUGUACAUCAGCACAUCCAAGAGGACUCUUGCAGAUGGUGCAUAAUCAAAACAAUUGUGAGAGCCGCAGCUCCAUAUGUUAGUGGUUUGAUGGUGCGGUGCAAUGUAGUGAUUCUAGUUACUGGCUUUGGAUCAGAAAUUAAAGAGUGUCGGUUUAAAUUUCCUUGUAUCAUGUGAGGCGAAGUUGAACUUUUUUUAUUUGUAAGCACCUCCUGGGUAUCUCCAUUAAUAUGUACCCGCUUUAGUUUA